AUGGACAAAGAUGCUUCGUCUACUCCCUUGUCGCCGCGCACUGGGGCUGGCCUUGUGCUGACCCGUACCCGAUCCCAGGAGGCUGUCUACGACUCCGCUGCACCCUGCGCCAGCAGGUAUAAUCACCCAGCCGUGGACGCACAGUCAUCCCGGCUGGACACGGUGCAGCAAGCUGUAGGUGCUCAAAGCCAACAAAAAUACGAACAGCUGAUGGUGCUUCACCAGCAACAACAACUGCAAGCCAACGCUCAGAUGGAGCUCAACCAGAAGCUGAUGGCUGAGCUGGCCUAUAGCGUGACCUGCAAAACCAGCUGA